AUGAUUAUUUAUGGAUUUCUUUUUCUGUUGCUUCGCAUCAGAGAUAUCUGUUCUACACGCUCCCAGCGAGUGCUUUCCAUAAGCAUUCUUCUUCUUAUAAGUGUGAUGCUUUCAACAAGCAGUUUAGAGAAUAUACUUGCCUUACUUCUUGGGAUUGGCGAGAUUCUAUACACAGUUCGUCCUAUUAUAUUCUUCAAGACGUGCACUACUUCACACUUGGCUCUUCUGCGAGCUAAGAACCCCGGGGUAAUUCUUACAAUUAGAAGCAGAGGCGCACAAAGUCAGGGAUUAAGGCCAGGGCUGGAUCAUCCAAUCUAUCCUCGCCAGCGAAAACACAUUACAGAGGAACAGGUAUUCCUAGGCGCACGUAGGUCUCAGAAUUAUGUAGACAGCCUAAUUGAGGCCCUACUCAGAAACGACAGAUCAAAAGCUCUGCGUUCUUCAAGAACGUUCUUCAGUCGUACUUCUAACUCUGAGUUUAUUCUACAAAUGAUACGAGCCUUUGUAUCACGCAUGUGUAACAAGAAGGAUGCAAUGUUGUCUUCGGGAAAACCUGUGGUAGUAACAGAGCUAUCGACAAGUGCGUCUGCUGCUAGCUACGAGUCUGAGGUGGAGCAAAUACAUGUGCUGAGCAGUGGGCAUCAAUUUGAGAAUCACCGGUCUCAGUUUUCUGGUUUUCUUGAGCGCGUUCGCCUCAUAUAUGAAGCGCGCCAAAGUAGACGAUUGACUAAGUUCCUCCGGAGACAAGGAAGGCCCACAGACAAAAGAAAAACGCAAAUCCCAUUCACAUCAGAGUGGAUAGCAGGAGAAGAUAGUGGCCUUGAAGCCCUUACCCCAUCGUCAGUGAGCAAACAGGAUUGUUAA